GGCAUCAUUCGUUUUCGGGGUUUUCUUUCCCGUCCACCUGAAAUUUGCUAGCGCCUUUGCCCCUCCUAGCUUAGCGUUGCCGAAGACCAGCAGGGUAAAAGGGGCGUGUAACAUCUACAUAAUGGCGCUGCCGGUCUCGUGUAAAUAUCGUCUUCCAGGAAAUACAAAACUGAAAGUAAUUAACAUACCUCACUAAACUGAGUACACUAACCAAAUGAACUCUUCGGGAUGUCAUCAAUUAUUUUAAAUGCUGUAAUUGUAUUCCUAACAUUGGGUGGAGCAACAGCUGUCCUCAGCCCACCCAGAAAUGUCCGUCUAACCUCCAUUAACAUGAAUUUGGUGCUGAAGUGGGAUUCACCUGAGGGGGUAACCGGUGAUCUUUUCUACACCGCAACAUGCACUACCUCUGUCCGAAUGUGCCACGUGGGCUGUGUGAACAUCUCAAGCCUUGAAUGUGACUUCAGCAGCCUUAACAACUUCCACCCCAGUGUGUAUGGAAGGUAUAUCGCCCGAGUACAAGCACAGCGUGGGACAGAGCAUUCUUCUUGGGUGGAAAGUCAAGAGAUGGUCUUGGAAAACGAUUCUGUGAUUGGUUCACCCAACGUGUUGCUCAUUUCCAAUGGGGCUACAAUUACAAUUUCAAUUAAAGAUCCAGCAUUUGCAGUCUCAGACCUCAGGAGUGUCUAUCGCACGGCCAGCUACAACAUCACUUACUGGAAAGAUGGUCAGAAUGAAAAGGCAAAAACCAUCAGCAGUAUACUGCAAAACCAAAUAUUUCUAAAUGACUUGGACCCUUGGACAAAGUAUUGUGUCCAGGCUCAAAUCAUUGCAGAAAGGAACAUCAAGCCCAGCAAGCCCAGCAGAACAGUAUGUGAGAGCACCACCGGUGAGAACACCAAAGCGAAAGCUGUAUGGGUGCCUGCACUGGUAACGUUUCUGGUCAUGGCAAUGGCGGUCACUCUUGUGGGUAUUGCAGUUGUUUAUCGAAGAAGGAUUUCCCAUUUUCUUUGUCCAAAAGACAAACUGCCUGCGCACCUGUUGGCAACCCCGAGCUCAUCUCUCUACUGGGCCAUGCACAACUCUGACCAACUUGAAGAGCUCUACAAUUCAGUCAACGUCAUUGCAGAGGAUAAGUCUGUGGAAUAAUGGCAGAAAAGUCCUUGGAAGAAUCGUGGACACACCACCUGCAGAAAGCUUGUCACCGAGACAAGACGCGAAGGCCUCCAGAAUAAGCAAUCGAAAAUCAGAUUCAUUGCAAUUCUGAGCGGUUAUCCCAAACGUUGAAAGAACGCUAGGCUUUGGUUCUCCAAAGGUUAGUUGAAGCCAAAAUUGUUUGAAAGUGUUGCAUACUGGUUAUGCAGUCAAACCAAAUGAUUACAGAACGUUACACUACCAAACACUUUUUGGUUCCCAGGAACAUAAGCUUCUUGCUGCGGUCAUGUUCCAUGCAGGUUAUGUUUAGCCAGGUUUCAGAUAUGUGCAGAACUGAGUUUCAAGACACCAAAUUAGCAGUGAAAACCUAGUGAUAAAAAAAAAAUGUAGCGGCACAGUUCUUUUAUUUUUGUACUGUGGUUUUAUUUGUCUGUCUGUUUUGUGUGAAACUCAAUCAACUAUCUUUGAUUCAAGUUGAUUUAAGUACAUCAGGAAAAACCCUGAACUCUCCCUUAAAAUCGUUAUAAAUGUGUCACAAAUUUCAAUUCAAAAUUUCUGAAAUGUUUGCUUGAUGUCAGGUAAAGGAAGUUUGUAAUUUAUUUAAUGUAAAUGUAUAUACAGUAUAUAUAUUUGGUAAUGUGUACAUUUUAUAGGUGCAACGGUUAAUCGACAAUAAAUCAAUAAUUCCAUCCAUC